AUGUUUCUGAACCACCGGCCGUUGCUCGUCCUCUUUCUUUUCUUGGCUGCGAGUCCAGUGGACGUGUUGUCCCGAGUGCUGUCCUCGGAUGCCAAUCCGGACGGAUUUCCGGAUUACGGAAACGGUACGCUCUCCUCGGACCCUCUCUUCGAGCUCUUCCCCAAUCCUUUGCACCUUCUGUGCCCCGUGUGCAGUCUGCUCCAGUUCCUACUCGGCGGACUUUUGGGCUCUUUGCUCGGCGGCGGACUCGUCAAGCAAUUGGGAAUAUUUGCGUGCUCUUUGCUGCUCAGUACUCCGCUCAAGAUCCCGUUCCUUCCCAAUAUCAUUUGUACAGUCGUCUUUGAGGUUGGUCCCGGUUUCAGAGUUGGAUAACAUCAAUAGGAACGGUUCCCACAAUACAGUCCAUUCAAAGCUAUAUAUCUCAGCUGUCUGUGGAUAUAUUAAAAAGUGGUCAACUGAUUAAAUGUACAAAAUCUUUUAAUGAAAAAUUAAUUAGUUGACAACUUGGAGUACCAUUCUAUCUGGCUUCUUGGAAACUUUUGAAGAAUGAAAAUUGAUAAUCUAAGACCCUGAUUGCAAAAUAGCUUCUUACUAAUAGGUCAAAGUAUUGAAAUUGAACACCAAGUUGCAAAACGUCGAAACUUUUUUCAGAUAAUCGCCAUUCUCUCCAAAAAGACGAAAUCCGGAAUUUGCCCGCUUCUCCUUCUGUGUCCGAAAUCGAAAAAGGGCGUAACGACGACGAAGAAGCCAUUUUUGACGACCGAGGAGGAGUACGAAUCCCGAAUUGUGAGCAUCAUCGAGAACGAGGACACUGCCAAUUUGUCCCCCCAGAUGGAAUAUUUCUAUCGUGAUUUGAUCGAUUUCCUUCCACUUCAGCCAUUGAAGGGUUCUGCAGGUUCAUUUUUCGGCUCUUUUUCGAUGCAUACUUUUUGAGUUUCAGCGGAACAGCAGGCUCUUCAAGUGAUCCGUAAUCUGGUAGCAGCCAUCGAAUACCACGUGGCUCAUCGUUCCGAGUAUCUGGCGGCUAUUGCUAAAAAUGUAGAAUAA